GUCAGACCCAACGGUAACGUCGGAUCGUCACACCUACACUAUAUAGUUGGAAUUGGAGUCUUGUCUCUGACCCGAUAUUGGAGAUGACGACGGUAUAGAAAGCGGCAGAGUUCUGGAUAGCCUUCUCGGAAGUCUUGUUAAUCGGAGCUACAGAAUACUACAAGGCGACACACUCGACCGAAACACAGCAUGUCGUUGCCUCCACCCGUUCGCAUCCAGCCUCCGGCAAGCUUGCCUUUCCCGUCCGGACCGUCCCAGGUUGGAUCUCCCUCUGUCGCCUCAUCGUCUUCACGGCAGCAUCCUGCCACGAAUUUCAGUCCCAAGGUUGCAUCGACCUUCCGGAAACAGAACAAACAACAGCGUGACGGCCAGAAGAGCAAUUUUCAAGCACGCAAACAUCAUCAGUCACCCAGGCCGAAUAACCAGCCCGGCAACAGCUCACCUCGGCCUACCGGGAAUGGCGGAAAGAAGAAACAAAAGCUCAAUCACAAACAGCAACAGGAUAACACACCGAAGCCAAAGCAAGACGGAAAGAACGCGCUGAAGGCGAAGUCAGAAACUCAAGGAUCCGGUACACCCAAACCUCAAGGCGUUCAGCGCCCGUCUUCCUCGCCUUCUCCUUCGCCUGCAUUUUCAGCUGUUCCUUCCAAAUCUAUCCCUUCCCCUCUGAGAGUCAACCCCUCAAAAAUCCACACGACAGUAAGUGGCACCACGUCACCUGCGAAGACCCGUAAUGUGGAAGCGAAUGUCGAGAUUCAGGACGAAGCGGGGAAUAUCAUCGAUAUCGGCAGGCAGGGAGGAGUUCCUGGGAGGCUUUUCGAUUUGCAAAAUGAGAUUAGAACGUCAAAUACAUGGGAAAUGAAUCGCAAGUUCAGGGUGGUGCAUGUCCGACCUGGAAACAGGCUAGUACCUAUAUUCGAUGCUCUUGACUAUUCUUCCUUCUUGGAACGGCUUUCGAUCGACCCCCCUGCGAAACAGAUCCUGCAAGCCCAAGUAUACAGUACUCCGCUUUCUGAGACUGUGGUCGAGAAGAAGCGCAAGCGGGAAGAGAGCGUUGAUGGUGAAGAGGGAUUUUCAGCGCUCACGGCUACUGCUGUUCAGGUAGCAAGCGACGCAUCAACGGCAACGACCUUGGCGCAAAAGCUUAGCAAGAAACCGAGGCGGCGACAUAAACUUAAACGCAAAGAUGACCGCGGCUCCUCUGCUAGCCCCGCGGAUGAACCGACGGUUUCUUCGAGCUUGACCUCCGAAACAAAUCCGAUGCAAGUCCAGGUUACCGUGACCCCUUCGUCGGAACCUUCUUCAUCUACCCAUUCGGGACCUUCAAAGCAAGCGCCAGAUUCUCCUUCUCCUGCACCGCGGCACCUCGCUAAUAUCGGGCAUCAAUUCAAGCCCAAUCGUCCAUCGCCGCUAAGCGGACCGGCUGUCCUACCGCCCCCAAGCGUUUCGUCAGCGGCUUCGUCCUCCAGGGAAAGCUCGCCAAGACUACUUCACGCUGGCGAUGUCAUCAUGGAGGACGUGAGCUCAGUUGCGGGUCCCUCUUCGAAAGCGCAGUUGGCCCCGAAACGGAGCACACCGCAGAAUACCGCCAAUCUAAACUCGCCUGCUAGAAAGAAAAAGCAGGCAGGCGAGACAGCGGCUUCGGGCUCGCCGGGUCUUCAGGAUAUCAUAAGCGUUGUCGCUGGGCUAUCUGCAUUACUGCCUAGGAUAACGACCACCAUUUCUCAAUCUAUCGAGUCUGGAUCUGAGUCUGAGUCGGAAUCGGAAUCGGAAUCGGAAUCGGAAUCGGAAACCGAAUCUGGAUCGUCAGACGAGGACAUUGGUGAUGACUCAAUCGUUGACGAGAGCGGUAUCACUCACGCGGAAGCUGCUCGAGCUUAUGAGGAAUACAAGGCUAAAAAAGCGGCUGAAGCUGCCGAAGCUGCUCGAAAACAAGAGGAACAGGAGCGAGAACAGCAAAAGAAGCGGGCAAAAGAGCAGAAGAGGCUGGAGAAGGAAGAACAGAAAAGGCUCGCGAAGGAAAGAAGUCGGAGACAGGCCGAAGAGGACAAGCGGAUCAGGAAGGUAUCAGCUGCUGCGACAUUGGAAGCGCAGAAGAAUGCUGCCGCAGAGCAGGAAGCUCGAAAAGCGAUGGACGAGGAGAAGGCUCGAAAAGCGGUCGAGGAAGUCGUAAAGCGGCUAGCUGAGGCGGAUGUUCAUCGCCGUCGUGAGCGGGAGGCGGAAGCGGCGCAACAGAAGCAGGAGCGAGAAUCAAAAGAGCGACAAGAGAAGGAAGCGGAGAAGAAAAGGCUCGAGGCGGAAGAUCUGAGAAAACGAGAACAGAUAGCGCACUUGGAAACGCAGCGCUCGCAAGAAGUCGAGCAGGUCAAGCGAAACGCUUCCGUCGCUGAAGCUGCGAUCGAAAGCGAGACCGAGUCGGAAUCUGACACUGAGAGCGAGAGCGAGGUCAUCACAGAGAAGCAAGCAAAUUCACAAGACGUCGCACAGUUGCAGCGGUCAGAUCCGGGCGAAGCCGUGACGCCUGCUGUCACGGCAGAGACAAGGUCAAUCGUCGUUGCUCCCGCUACCCAGGAUGAAGAUUCAUCUUCCGGGUCCGACUCUGACAACGAAUCCUCCACUGGUACUUCGGGUGAAGAGGAUUCAGAGGAAGACGAACUGGAGGACGAAGCAACCUCUGCUCAACUUGGUCAGGCGAACAUAGCCCCUGCAACGCGUCUUGCGCAUCUGCCAUCGUCCUCGCCGGAACCGUAUUCGGAUGACGACGAAGAUGAAGAUGAAGCCCCUCGCAAGCAGAGUCAACGGAGACGGACGCAGCGGUCUCCGAGCACGGACGUUCUGAUCCCGGAGGGUGACGACGACGAUGAUGAUGCAUCAUCCAUUGACGCGACUCAGCCUCUUGUUCAGCUCAGCCAGAUGCAAAGCUCGAUGGACGAGAUUGAAAGCGCUGGCGAACUAGACACAGUCAUGGACGUGGACGUCGUAGAGGAGUUCCCAGCUCGGGUCACACCUGAGGUUGACGAGCUUGCGGGUAGCAUUCCGUCCGUUCGCAGGGCGGAGUUGAGCGAUCCUGACGCGACUGAGGACGAGGAUGAGAAUCACUCGACUACUUCUCUUGCGCCUACCGUGCGCGCGGCGUCUGGAGAUGCGGAAGCCAUGGACGUUGAAGCCGCCGAGUCACCAUCGAUGGAAGUGGAAAUUCCUAUAGAGACGCAAACCUCGCUGAUACGACCAGCUCGACGAAGUUUCGCAGAGUUGGCUGACGAGGUCGAAGCAUCAGCGUCCGCUGCUCCGAGCACCGGGAAUCAAGUGUUCUUCCAAGCCCUACAGACGGAAGCGGAUGGGGAUCGAGCUGCACUCGAGUCCGUCGUCUCGGAGCAAGAGAAGGCGGGCAAGCAGACAGAUGUAGGAAGCGAUGUUGAUCAGCUUGUGCCCGAUGAGGCUGCAGACGUUGCGGAGAGCCAGUCCUCCUCGGUCCCUGAUAGUACGCCGACACCAGCUCCGCUGAAACGCAGGAUAAUGCCAUCACGAAGUUCCAAGUCGGCUAGCUCGCCGAGUUCGGGAUCCCCUUCCACCGUCAUCACUGCGCCGAGCCCGUCAGCAAAUGACAAGUCUGCGACGAUGAAGUCGGUUACCACCGAAACUCGCAGUGACGAAACGCAGGAGACUGCAACUGACAGCCAAUCGAGCGCUUCGAAACCCAAAGCCAUAGCGCCAUUGCCCAAGAGGAGGGGGCGGCCUCCUAAGGCGAAACCAUCCCCAGCUCAAGUUGUCGAACCGUCAGAGACAGCCUCGAUAGAUACUGCUUCCGAACCCUCUACCAAGACCUCUACUCUACAAGCCGAAAUCGGAGCCGAUCUGCCGGAGCAAUCAUUAACUGUUACGAACCAGGACAGUCCACCUGCCGAGGCGGCUCCCAGUCAAGAUGUCAUCGGCAGUUCCGUCUCACCUCAAGCCUUGAUGAGGCGUGAGCUAGAAGAGGAAACACCUGCUAGCCCGCCCUCCACGACACCUCAAUCGCCUUUCAUGAAAAACUUGCUCGCCGCUUCUCGACCUGCCGGUGUGAUGACUCGUGAUCCACGGGAAGAAGCCAGGAUACGACGACGCGUAGGCUCGAAACCUUGUCUGAUAUGUGAGGCUGUUCCAGCUCACCUGCAGAAGGACUGUCCGGUCGUGAUCAAAGGACUUGCGUCAAUCGAGAGCCGGAUGAAGGAAUUACAGGAUGCUGGUGGACACGUGAUGGCAAUCGAGGCCUUGAAGGGAUGGCAGAAUCGUUUGCAAAAGGGCAAAGCCAACCCUGCACCCGGUAUUGCGGCGUCUUCUGCCGUUGUCUCUGAACGUCCUCCUGGAGUCAAUGGUAGCACCCGACCAGGCCCAACGGAUUCAGCCUCGCAGAACCGAAGCAAGUCGCCAGCUGCGAUUAACAACACUCUGGUCAAGGCCUCGGGGCCUAAUCUCGGAGUGGCAUCGUUGGCUUCUCCUGCUCCUCUGUCCGCCCGCUCAGCUGGAGUCAAUGGCAACUCUUCGCCCGGUCUAAGCGGGUUGUCGGCGAGGAAGCGUCCUACGGUGGCCACCCGAAACAACAUUCCCACUCUCUCGAGCCUACGAGCGGACGCUUUACGAAAACCCCGCUUGUCCGCUACGCUGAGUAAAGAAGCGGUGACGCCUACGGUAGAAAAGCCGAAUAUUUUUGGGAAGCGAGGCGCCGAUAGCGACGACGAAGAGAGCUCUAGCGGAUCGGAUACCGAUUCAGAUGAUGGUAGCAAGGGUCCUGCCCUGCCGUCUAGCUUAGCAGGGAGGAUGGCGAAUGGCAUCAAGUCUGCGAAGAAGGCUGUGGGCUGGUAGCAGCGGGAAUGAUAGAUUACGGAAGGUAUAUAGUUGUAGAGGGUUGUAUAAUGCCGCCUGUUUGUGAGGCGUUUCUGAACUCAUAUUACGGACUUGCAAUUCCGUGAACAUUUUCGACGCACUUAUCGCAAGCAAAGCAGCAAGGAGCAGUGUUUAAACUCCAGGC